UACAACGACGUGGAAAAUUCAGAGGAUUCGUCAAGAACGCGGCACAAAGGAAAAUUCAUCAAAAAGAAAUCACGAGACCGGAAAAUCGCAGCUGAAAAAUUGGGAAAAGCCAAUCAAGGGAGAACAGUGGGCGAACCGGAGGUGGAGACAAGUGAUGACAAUCCACCAGUAAUUGUUAGAAAUCGAAUUGUCGACUUGACAUUGUUGGCUAAUGAGCUUGAAUGUCCCAAGUAUAAAAAUCCCUUAUCGUUGAAGAACAUGGAAAAAGAAAUCAAACGUGGUUUGGGUUCACAUUUAAACAUCAGAUGUGUACACUGUCUGUUUUUGAAGCCUGUGCCUACUAGUCAAUGCGUGGACGAUGAAGAGGGUUCCAACCGAAAAUUUUUUGAGAUCAACUAUCAAAUGGCUAUGGCUUGUCUUCACGUUGGCAUUGGUAACCAGGGGUUGAAUAAGUUAUUGGCAUGUGCGAGGAUACCUACACUGAAUUGGAAUACCCAUAAAGAUUACGAGAGGAGAGUAGGACCCGUAGUGGAAGCAACUGCUAAAGAAAGCUGCGACGGAGCAGCGAAAAUAGAGAGAGAAUUAACUAUUAAGAAUGUUGAAGAAAUCGAAAAGAUGGUGUAAGCACGAACGACGCAAUGUGUUGCAUUUUUUUUAUUCAUCUAUUUUUCUCAGAUUUUUCAAUUUUUAUCCGAUUUUAUUUCAUUUUUUAUUUCCUCUUUCUCCUGGUUCUUCAGUGUGAUAUUUUGUGCCUUUUUGGACCAAUCAUUUGACUAUUUCAUGACGAGAUUUGAUUCUAAUGAAUUGAUAAUCCAGCAGUGAUUAUGUGAAUAGAUUUUCUCCAUCACUUAUUUUGUGAUUUUUUUUACAUUUUUUUCUUUGUUUUUUUUCCCCUCUUGCUUUUUAGUUUCAAUGCUCUAUUGAGCUAAUUGAUCAACUCUCCUGUACAGAGAUUUAUUACUCAUCAAUCGAUUUUUUUAUGUCAUUUAUACUU